GCUCGGCGCCGCCUCCGCAGCCUGCGCUACGCCGUGAGCGUCGCGGUGGCCGAGAACGAGGCCCCUCUGGACGAGGUGCUCUCCGAGAGCGCCGGGACCGCGCCGGAGCUCGCGUGGAGGCGCCUGCGCGCGGCCGUCGGGAUCCAGAGGCUGGCGAGGCGGAGCGUGGACUCUCAGAACACCGUCGGGGCGGAGCUGCGCGGCUCCGGCAGCAAGGAGGAGCGCUUUGCGCGGUGCCUCCAGGAGGGCGUCAGGCUACUGCAGAUGGACGGCCACACGGCGCAG